CUUAUAAGAUUUAUUAACGUACUUGAUUGUCGAGUCUCGUAAUAAGUACCUUUUAUCGGUAUCCACGUGAUAAAGUUACAAUCUCGUAUAUUCACAUGUGCAGAGCGUAUUUUGAUAAGUUUUUAUCUUACUUUUUUUCUUCUUCAUAAAAAUGCUUUCACGCCACUUCAAAGUAAGACCAUUGAUAUUUCAAUUUCGAAUAUUAUUAAAAAUACAAUUGUGGUGAGAAUACAGUGGCUUUAAAAGCUAUUUAGUGAAGUGAUUUGCAAUAUCGCGAUGACACCCUCCUUGGUCACCGCAGCAUCCUGCGCGUUUCUGGCGCUCUGCCUCUGUUUGGAUGCCAGCUACGCUCUGCGUAUCCUCGGCCUCUUCCCGCUUCACGGUAAAAGUCACUUCCUAAUGUGCGAGGGUCUGAUGCGCAACCUCGCGAAGCGUGGCCACCAGGUCGAUGUCUACAGUCACUUUCCACUUCGCGAGCCAGUGGCCAACUAUACGGACUACGACCUCGGGGGUAGGAUCGGGAUCCUCUCUAACAACGUGUCCUACGGGUCCUUCGACUCCCGCACCAACUUCGCCUUUAUGCCGCUGCUGAUGCGAUUAUACGGUAUGCCCAUCUGCGAGCUGAUGGACUUGCCGGUCUUCCAGAAGCUGAUGCGCGAUCCGCCCAACGAUCCCGCCUACGACAUUGUCGUGAUCGAGCUGUUCGUGGCCCACUGCUACCUCGCUUGGGGUCAUCGACUGCAAGUUCCAGUCGUUACGAUCAUCACCUCGACCAUGUACGACUGGAUGAACUACCCCAUUGGCAAUCCGUCCAAUGCCGCGAUCGAGCCCAGCGCCUUUUCGAGCUUCAACUCGCCCAUGACCUUCCCCGAGCGGCUGCAAAACGUCUUGAUCAAGAUGUACAUUGUCUGGACCUUCGACAAUUACAUGAGCAAGCAGGACAAGAAGGUGAAGGAGUUGUUCGGGCCCGAUUAUCCGGACAUUCGUGAUAUGCAGCAGGACAUAUCGCUGGUCUUGUUAAAUUAUCAUCAUUCGAUAACAGGAGUGAGAACGUUUGCGACGUCGGUGCAGCCCGUGGCUGGUCUGCAUAUCGAAGAUACCAAGGACAAGUUGCCUAAGGAGGUGCAAAAGUUUUUAGACCAAAGCAGCCAUGGAUUUAUUUACUUUUCUUUUGGAUCGAUGAUGAGAAUCGAGACAUUUCCCAAGCACGUGCUCGAAAUGUUUUACACUACCUUUGAGAAAAUUGCACCGGUACGAGUGCUUAUAAAAGUUGCAAAACCAGAGGAGUUGCCGCCAGGACUUCCUUCGAAUGUCCUUACUCAACCAUGGUUGUCGCAAAUUAAAGUAUUACAGCAUAAAAAUAUUAAAGCUUUUAUAACUCACGGCGGCUUAUUGGGAACGCAAGAAUCAAUUUAUUAUGGUGUCCCUAUGAUAGGAAUCCCUCUAUUUGCUGACCAAUAUUUCAAUAUUCAAUCGUACGCUAUUAAAAAUAUAGCCGUAAAAAUCGACAUAGAGAGCAUAACGGAGGAAUGUCUGACAAAAGCUGUUAUGGAAGUUCUUCACAAUCCAAUAUACAAGCAAACAGUCGACAAAAUUGGACGUAUAUUUAAGGACGAUCUCGUUAAACCAGUGGAUAAAGCGUCAUUUUUGAUCGAAUAUGUAGUACGACAUGGCAAGGAUACGCUGAAAUCACCAAUUCUUGCUUUGUCUUGGUGGCAAAGAAUUUUAUUGGAUGUUUAUGGCUUCAUUGCGUUAAUUAUAUUAAUAACACUCUAUGUGAUUUGGCUUGGAUUGAAAAUGUUAAGUAAAGCAGUUUGGAAAAUUAUUACCGCACAUUCGUUCUCAAAGUUAAAGGAAAAUUAAUA